CGGUUUCGGCGGGCUUCGGUGUCCAAAUCACCGAACCCCUCACACCCCACAUUCGCCAUUCUGCCCGGUGCAACUCCGACCUUCUCGGUGUCAAGUCCGAUUCUAGGCAGAUUGCGGGGAAACCGCGUGAAGGUGGGGGGGUCAAGCUACGGCUUUCAUGUCCAUGCAGCCCAACGGUUAGAGGUUCAGCGUCUCCAACUCGCCUUGCUCGAAAAAAGACUUCAGAGGCAAUUACUGUCUAUUCUCAUCAGUGAAGAUGGCACCUCGCACUCCCCCCGAUGGCGUAUUCGUCCCCGUUCCCACGUUCUUCAAAGCCGAGGUCGCUCCCGGUGCACUUCAGCCUGCCGUAGAUGUCGCGACACAAGUGGCGCACAGCGUCCAUCUCGCCAAGUCCGGCAUCGCGGGGCUCGUCCUCAUGGGCUCGACAGGUGAAGCUGUCCACAUGUCGGCAGCGGAGCGGUUCGAGUUGAUCUCAGGUGUCCGGAAGGGCCUGGACGAGGCCGGGUACAAGGACUAUCCGAUCAUGGCAGGCGUGCUGGUGAACAGCGUAGACGAGACCCUCGAGUGGCUGCGCGACGCUCACAAAGCCGGGGCUCAAUGGGGAUUGGUGCUGGCGCCUGGUUAUUUCGGUGCUGCGGCCAGCCAGGACAAUCUCGUCGAGUGGUUUACCUUGGUCGCCGACAAGAGUCCGCUGCCUAUUCUUAUAUAUAACUACCCGGGCGUCACCAACAACCUCGUCGUCAGCAUCGACACGUACGUGAAGCUGGCAGCACAUCCUAACAUUGUAGGGUGCAAGAUGUCACACGGCAACGUUUCGCAUCACGUCCAACUGUCGCUGAACCCUGGUAUCGACCACGCCAAGUUCAGGGUCUACUCCGGCUUUGGCCAGCAGCUGGGUCCUAUCGUGGUCUUCAACGCCGGUGGCGUCAUCGAUGGUCUAGCCGCCAUCUUCCCGAAGACGGUGUCCAGGUUAUUCUCGCUGGCGGCAAAGCGGCCGCUCGAUGAGGAGACGCUCUGGGAGGUCCGCAGACUUCAAUGGAAGGUCUCAACGGCGGAGGAGUUCAUCGUGAAGAACGGCAUCCUCGGUAUCCGAGAGGCCAUAUAUCGGGUGCUCGGGUUCGGUCAUCUAUCCGGUGGUCGACUUCCACUCAAGGGUUCCCUACCGCAUGGGGAGGUUGAGAAAUGGAGCGACAUUUUUGAGCAGAUGGCGCGGGAAGAAAAUGCGCUGUAAAGGAAGAAGUGACAUGGAGUGCAUGUAAAAAGAUGGACGGAUGCAGGCUAUGUAUUGAUUUGAGCUCGAUACGGAAUAGCCGCGAAAAACCACCACAUAAUUAUUACCGCUCUCCUGGUCCCCUCGAGCCCCAUGACGGAACAGAACCUGGAGUAGACGCCCGGGAUAUUCCUGGGUAGUUGGAACGUCCAAGUGGGAGGAGGGUGCUCAAGAUAUGGGUUUUGACGGACGCUGAGCAACCACACAAUGAGAAACGACGGGAAGGAAGGGGGGGGACAUGGACAUUGAUUUUGGGUGCGGAGCCUCCGUAUAUGCCGCGAAAUGCUUAUGGCGUACCUAUCCUAUAUCCGUAGGCGUGAUCUGUGAUCUGGG